AUGCGCAAGCACGUUGAAGCAUUCGUGCAUAAGCGUAACUGUACAGAGCCUGAGUUUGGGCAAAAAAGGAUAACGGACGAGACAGAAGGACUCUUUGAGUCCCUCUGCCCAUACGCAGGCUUUUUUGCAGUCUGGCUGAGCCUCCUGGCAUCGCUUGCCGUGGGCGCUAUCGUACUGCGACUCCUAAAACGCUGGACUCCAGGUCACUCUCUGGUCGGCCAAGUACCAGACUUGUGGCUCUUACUGGCCACACUCGCCUACCAGAGCGGAUGGCGUUCGGAAUAUCAAACUACCAGCUAUCGUAUCUUCCGUGGCACAUGGCUGGUUCUUGCGGUUGUGUUAGCACAGGCGUACUGCUGCGUCCUACUUGCAGUGCUCAGCGUACCUCAGUACGAGAAGGACAUAAACACUGUGAGUCAGCUGGAGGAGGCCAUAAAGGGCGGGAAGAUGAGAGCCCGCACUGCCAAUGGAACAGCGCAAGCUUGGCUCAUCCAGUCGUCGACGUCAACCAUCAUGAUGCUUAUCCGACGUUUGCUGGACGAAGAUUACGACCUGUUGGUUCCUGGCAAGGCCCUCGGUCUUGAGAAGGCUAUUCGCGAAAAUUACGGCUACAUCGACACCAGAAUGGGUCUGGUCGCUGCUCUGUCAGAUUUGAAGGCCACCACCGUGAAGGUGUCUACCGGGCACAUGGGGAACGCUUAUAUGUCCAUGGCCUUCCAGAGGAACUGCUUCUACAGGCCACAUAUCGACACUGUGGCGCAAAGGUUCUUGGAGACCGGUCACUUCAUAAAGUGGCUACGGGACGACGCCUUUCGCAACUUCCCACGGGUCCUGCCUGAUGAUGAUGGCAAUUUCUCUCCCCUGACCACGUCAGAUCUUGUUAGCGCAGUGAUCAUCUUGCUGGGAGGCUUCAGCAUCGCUUCUGUAGUCCUUGCAAUCGAGGUGUUUCACUUCCGAUAUCAGGCUCGUCGGAAGUGCCGGAGCACCAAACGCGGUAAAAGCCGUGUAACGCUAGAGCCCCGUUUUCUCUUGCUGCGUGGGGAGGGCGCGUUUAAGCCCUCCCACCUAAACCCACUUAACAAAAGAGGCAAAUCGAGAUUUGUCCACCAGAAGUACUGAUAGAGGGAAGUAUGCAU